GUCCUCUUGUCCGCACCAUCGCCUCCGCUCCGAUUCGCCGACUCGGCGCGGGCGGGCGAGACGUGGAUCUCGACGGAGGAGACUCCGACCAUCGCUCCAUGGAGGCCGCGGACUCUGAAUCCGUCAUCUCCACCUUCACCUGCCCGCACUGUCAGCGGGAGGUUCCAUCUUCAAACAUUGCAUUGCACAGCGCGCACUGCGCUCGGAACCUUCAGAAGUGCGAACAUUGCGGAGAUAUGGUUGCCAGGAAGCUUAUGGAUGAACACUACGAUGAAAACCAUGCUCCGAUGAAUUGCUCACUUUGCAAACACACAGUAGAGCGCGAGCUAUGGGAUCUUCAUACAGGCAUACAAUGCCCACAAAGGAUGCUCGCGUGCCAAUACUGUCAGUUUGAACUGCCUGCAGUUGAUCUUUUUGAACAUCAGGAUCUGUGUGGAAAUCGGACAGAAUAUUGUCAAAGUUGCAGGAAGUAUAUCAGACUUCGUGAAUGGAUUGGACAUGAACUCCAGUUCCAUACGAUUUUGAAUGCUGCAUCAGAACUUUCAAGUGACAGGACUCGAGCAGCAGCAGAGCAGCCAGUACCAAAGCCAGCCCGACCUGCUACUGGUUCGCUUCACAAACAACUGCUCUUGACGGUUGCAGUAACUGGAGUUGCAGUUUUGAUUGGAUCAAUACUGUACCAAGGUAAGGGGAAGUAGUUCCGGGGAUAGUAAUUUCACGCCCCUUGAUGUGUAAAUUCCCUCAUAACCAAAAGAGUACAGUUUAGACCCCAGUUGAGGGAAACAAAAAAGAAGAAAGAAAGAGAGAGUACAGCUGAGAUUACAACAUUUAUGGAAGGACCAAUGAAGCUAUGUCGUUGUUCUAUGUAAAUGGUAAUUUUCCCAUCAAACUUGUGGGCGUUUGGUAACCUAUGCAAAAUUUGUUACAACUGCAAAAGUUGUAAUAUCUUAUGGAUUCAUGGACAAACUGUGAUGUGCAGUCAGUCAAAAAUAACUUAUCCUAAUACAUUUGCCAC